UUAAAAAACUAUAAAUUUAAAAUCUUCCAUUUUGCUACCUAUGGAGCCUCACUCCUCUUCUUCUUCGCCGGCGGUCAAGCCAUGGAACAGGGCCGUGGCGCCGCUGCCGCCGACUCCGCCGCAGAUUUACAAGGUGAACCCCGUCGACUUUCGGGACGUGGUCCAGAAGCUAACUGCGGCGCCCGAGUUCCAGGACCGCCGCCUCCAAGCCAUGCCUGCCCCCCGCCCCAGCCCGCCCCCCGGUUCCGCCGCUUGCACGGAUUUUUCCGGCGAGGGGGCUGUUAUUUACUAUGGGUAUCCUGGAGUUGGAUUCUCUGAAAGAUAUUAGAGGCUAUUAUUAAAUUUUAACUCCGAUUUUUUCAGAUAAUUGAGCUAUGUUCAUAUGAUAUAAUGGUUAGUUUCGAUGGUUUUAAAUAGGUCGAAAAGAAUGAGAUCGGGUCCGAUGACAUAUAUCUUGAUUGGUUUCACUAUCACUAAAGAUUGGAGGAGUCUUAUUAAAUUGGUCUCGGUCGUUUUGACCAUACUGUAAUGUAAUAUUAUUAAUAAGUUUGGUAAGCUUUGCCCAAGGUUCCUUUUUCAGAUUUUUUGUUUAACUAUGAUCAUUGAAUAUAGAUAUGAUUUUGAAGUGGGGGCGGAAUUUUAUCCUUUGU